UAAGAACAUAAGAAAGUUUCCAAACGAGAGGAGUCCAUUCAGCCCAUCUUGCUCGUUUGGUUGUGCUUCUUGAAGGAUCCCAGGGUGUCAGCUUCAACAACAUUACUGGGGAGUUGGUUCCAGACCCUCACAAUUCUCUGUGUAAAAAAGUGCCUCCUAUUUUCUGUUCUGAAUAUAUAUAUAUUCUCUGUACAGCUUGUCUUGUAUUACUGACCUUACCGAGUACAGAAAGAAAAACUACUUUCUUUGCCGUGUGACUGAAGUGACCCUCCACUUGAACCCGUGUUGAACGAGCCACCUCUGCACUGACUCCAGUCAAAGAUGUUGAAGAUCUUCUUCUUGGUGUCCUUGGUGCUGAUGGCUGCUUCCCACAUCCAGUCUGUAAAGAGUUCCUCAUCGGGUGGUUCUGAUGCUAGUGUCCAGAAGACCUGUGCCCGCCUCUUCCACCCGGAGACUGGGGAGCAGCUGGAGCUGCCGUCCCUCCCAGAGAAGAAGAAGCUGCUGAGGGGAGCUGCUGCUGGGAGUGAAGGAGCCUUCAGCUUCAGCUCCUUCACUGUGAUGGACGGGUGUCUGCUCUCUCUGUGGGUUGCAGGUUCCCAAGAAUGGGGCCUGGAGUCUCGCUCCUUCCUGAGUGGGGCUUACCUCAACCAGCUGCCUGGUGCUGGGGUCUCCCUGACCAGCUACCAGUGCACCUGCGACCAGGAGAAAAAACAAGUCACGGCCGAUUACGAAGAUUUUAAAAACAGCCACAUUGCAGAUGUAAGUCCAAAUGAUAACAAUAUGUUCUGCACAAGUGAAAUAAAGACAAGAUGUAUAAAUAGAAACGGAAAAUGCAAACCAAUAAACACUUUUAUAUUUGCUUCUGAAGAUGAGGUAAUCGAGGUGUGUAACAGCGAAGGUGAUCAUGUGUACGAUAAUGUGUAUAAGAGCAAAAAAACAUUCAAAAUUGUUGUAUGCAGGGAGAUAAACUAUAACAAUACGCUGUCCGAAUGUUCUUAUAAAACAAACAAAAUUAGAUCAGUUUGUAUCUGUUUAGCAUGUGGGGGUAGAAAGGGUUGGAAGAAGCCUGUGCAUUAUAAUGGUACUGAAUGCAGACCUCCAGCCUUCAGGCUCACAGAGAGAGUUUAAACUCUGCUGUGAAGGAUUUGCAGUCUCUACUCAGCAAAAUGCUGCGAUAUACGCUUCAACAGCACCCCCUUGUGGGCAUUAUUCAUUUGUCGUCCCCCUCCCUCUUCCCAUAUAAGGAGCUGUUCGUCCUAGAUUAGAAAUAGUUGUAUUAUCAUCUUGUACCAGAAUAAUGAUAUUUGUAUGAAUUUGUGGUAAUUGAUUAUCUUUGGUAAUUCCUUUCCUGUUGUUGUGAAUGGAAAUGCAAUAAGACCACAUUCCUUUCCC